AAUAUUUCGCUUUUGGCCCAACAUUUAUCUUAUGGAAGCCGGUAUGUUGUGUAUGGGACAACGUUAUUAGCGCAAUACACAUGGUUCUUGCAUAACACUAGCGCAAGCAGGUAUACAUUUACAUAACAUAACGAUCAAGCUUUGUUGUUUCCAAUAAUUAUGGUAACUCGAUCAGGGCGCAAUGGCGGCCACGGUAGUUUAAUUAUCAAAAUAGAAUUGUCAAAUGACAUCGGACUAUAGCACGUGGAAAGCAUGACACACGCAAGGGUUUCUUUAUACAAAAUACAGAUAACGAAACGCGUAAUUACCGAUUUAGAUAUAUACUUUUAUGCAAGAAUAGCGACAAUGCACAUUUAUUUCGCGCAUUAAAAAAUUUAAGGAAGCCUACAGGCUUGGGCCAUAUAUGCGUCAUGAUGCUUCUGCAGGUGUAAAUGCAUGAAAAUGGUACAUUUACUUUGUAAUAAAUAAUGUUAUAAUACAUAAGACCUUACACAAUAAGAUUAUAAGAAAUGUGAAAGGAGCUAGAUACAUAAAUGAAUACUUUUUAACCUGGAUCGAUCCAUUCCAGUGUGUUAUUUUUAAUGCUUUAUGGUUAGAAAAUCUAUUCUUUCUAAAAAAGUUUAAUUCUGCUGGUAUCGAAAUAAACUGUAAGUCGUUCUUCAUUCUUUCCUUUUAAGUCGUUAUCUAUAUAGCCUACUACACGUUUUUUAUAUACCAUAUUUAGUUGAGAUCUUAUCGGCGAAUUGGCAUUUCACAUAUUACUUUAACAAAUUUGUUCUACUUUAAAAUGGAAUCAAUUUGCUUCAAUAUUAUUCUACUUUAUUCAUUGGCGAACUGCAUUUCAACAGGAUAUUCAUGGAAUCACGGCCGACAAUUUGUAUUUGCUUUUCCUGAGUCAUACGACUCUCUCUCGGACUUGUCAUUUGAUGUUGCUGCGAGGGAAACAAGCAUAAUUCACGUCGAGGCUCCAGAAGUAGGAUUAAAUUCUAAUUAUACUGUCCAGAAAGGUACGAGAACUUUUUCUCUAAAUAACCGAAUUGAACUGAGAGGUUCGGGAAUUUGGAAAAAGGGUAUACAUGUAAUCAGUGAUAGAGAUAUUAGAAUAUAUGCAACCUCCCAAAAUAAACUAGCUUCCUCAGACGGCUUUCUGGUACUGCCUUACACUUCGUUAUCAACAAAUUACUUUGUGGCAUCGUAUACACCUUAACAAUCGAGUGAGUUUGCCAUA